CCCCCAAUCCUCCUACGUUUUGUGGGCAGGCAAGCCGGCAGAAGAGACCCACAACACAGCACAGGACCGACCGACCGUCAGCUCAGCUCAGCGUCGCUCGUCAGUUCGUGUUCGUUUAGUAUGCUUGUGACGUCCACAAGAGGUGGAAUAUAUUUUCGGUUUGAAAUUCAUCAUUUUUUUGGGUGGGCAAGGUGAGGUUUUCUCGGAAGUCGGACGCUAGGAAUCGACCCAAUUACUGAAUCGUAUCGGUUGUUUGUUCAUUCAUGAUUUGGAGAUUUUGAGCAGCGUGAUAAGGAUAGGGAAAACACGCGUGCAGCGAGUGACUUGUGCUUGUGCAAGACUUGGCCAGCAGUUGAGUGUGUUUUUUUCGGGCUCUAAUUGAAGGUGGAAUAAAUUAGGAAUGUUAAACACAGUUGGUGUACGGUUGGAUGUCGAUAGUUUCAAUUACUCGCGUUGUGUUUCGAUUAGCAGCUCCAUCAUCGGUGGCCACCGGCGGUGGUGGUGAUUGGAAGCGACGGUCAGGCUCAGGCAGGCAGAUGAUGUUGACAGUGUUGAAGGAAGCUUGCUGAUCGUGAAUUACGACGGCAAACAACGUGUGAGAGUUUCGUGUAUAGUUUUUCAAAAGAGUGAGUGCUAAGUAAAAGAAGAAGCGGUUCUGGGAGAGAUCUGGAGUACUCUGGCUGGAAAGUGACUUGCCUGCAGUGAGGUGCCGCUGGAGUCGCGUCAUUCGCUCAGUUUAGUUUCGCGGUAGAAGGCGGCAGCCAAGCGUGAACGUGACUCGAAAAGUGCGCUUCGAUUCUUGAACAAGUUGAGAUCAUUCGUGAUCUUUCUGCUCGAAAGCGGCUUCGCCAGAUCGAAAAUUCGUUUUGAUAACUGCCGUCAGCCCAUGGUGAACGGUUUGGCAAUUGUGGAAACCGGUUGAAAAUUGCUCACAUCCUGCCGUCGGGAGCAUGGAGAAGGUACGGGCAGCUAGGAAAAUUGCCCCGGACGGUGGCUGGGGCUGGGUGGCCACCUUCGGCGUUAGUCUGGUGAACUUGGCCACUCGCUCGAUCGAACCUUCGUUUGGGUUGCUGUUUGGCGAUUUGCUGCACGAUUUGCACGUCGGCACUACCGGGGCGGCCAUCAUUAUCAGCACGCUGGACGUAAUGAUGAACUUCUCCGGGCUGUUCGUUGGGCCCCUGCUGAAGGAGUUCUCCUACCGGAAGGUGGCCAUCGCCGGAGCACUGCUUUGCUUUCUGGGGCUUGCGCUUACCUCACCUGCCACCAGCAUGGCGCACAUUCUGGCCACCUACAGCGUGAUAAACGGUAUCGGCGUCGGUUUGGCUACGUCAGCCGCUUUCGUAGCAUUGAACCACUACUUCGCCCGCAAGCGUGGUCAAGCUGUGGGCCUCUCGAUGGCCGGCACGGCACUCGGAAUGCUCAUAAUGCCCCAGCUAGUCCGAUAUCUGCUGGAAACGUACGACUUCCGGGGAGCCGUUCUGUUGCUCAGUGGCCUAGCGUUGCAUGCUGCCGUCGGAGCGACACUGCUACAACCGAUCAAGUGGCAUCUGGUCGAGGAGGAAGUGGACGUCGAAAUGGUUGAGGUGGACGCUCCCCAGAUGGGCAUUAUUUUGGAGCAGGAAGACGAUGGCGAUAACGAUAGCUUGCCGGAGAUUAAAACGUUGCUGUUUCCUCGGAGGGAUAGGAAAUUGUCGGAGAACGCACCGUCGCCGCAGCCGAACGGGAUGCCGAGGAGACCCACCUUUCCGAGGAUAACCUCCAGCGUUAGUGUGCAGAACGGCGCGGGGCUGGGUAUGAGGACUAGACCGUCGUUUCCGCGGAUAACCUCCACCGCUAGUAUGAGUUUGGCGCUAAGGAAAAGGCGCGAAUCCGUCGUGUCGCAGCUUUCGACUAUGGACUUUACCGGCAGUGGCAGUUGUAUGCACAUUCAUGUUGAUACAGGCGACGUCGACGCGGAAGAGGUCGACUAUCAGAUCAUCCGGCGGGUGAACACGCACGUGGGCGUUUCGACGAUGAAUUCUUUUGCGCGCGUACCGCGCACGCCGAAAAAGAUCGAAACCGUCAAAUCGGAGCUGGGCCUGGAGAUGAUUAAACCGAAGGUUUCCUUUUUGCAGCGUUUUACUGCGCUGAUGGAUGUCGGGCUGCUGCGGGAUCUUACCUAUUUGAAUAUUUUGUUUGGACUUUCGAUUUUCUACGUUGCUGAGAUGAACUUUAAGAUGGUGACUCCGUUCUUUCUGGCCAGUUUGGGUUUCAAUAAAAGUGAGACGGCAUUUUUCCUGUCGGUGUCCGCUUUGACUGACAUUGCGGCACGCGUUAUCGUACCACCGAUCGGCGAUAAGCUGAGGAUCCGGAAACGGCUCUUGUUUAUGACUUCGUUGGUUUUUGUGGCCAUCACACGAUCCAUCGUUGCGGAGCAGCGCGGCUACACGGAGCUGAUGGUGUGGCUUUCGAUCACCGGCUUCUUCCGGGGGGUUGCGCUGGCCAACUUUACGCUGUGCGUGUCGGAAUACUCGUCGCUGGAGAAGCUGCCGGCCGCCUUCGGGUGGCAUAUGGUCGGCAAGGGGGUGUUUGUGAUCGCUUUCGGACCGCUGAUUGGAGCCAUCCGCGACUGGACGGACAGUUUUCCGAUCUGCAUUCACGCUCAAUCGGUGUGCAUCUUUAUGUGUGUGUUUGCCUGGCUGUGUGUGUUUGCCUGGCUGGUGGAGUUCGUUGUGAAGCGACUGCGGAGUAAGAAGGUGGUUGAAGCGAAUCCGAGCGUUGCCGCGUGAGAGUUUUACUACAAUAUAAAAAAACGCCAAUCGAGUUGAAAUUCUUAAACGGACGAGCAAACUCGUAACUAUACUACUAGGAACCAAUUUAUCGUGUAAGCAUAAGACUGCGAUAUAUACAUUUAGAAGCCGUAAUUUUAAGAAUAAAACUGAACGUCGAUGCUGGAAAAAAUUAGCUUAGUUAUUAGCGAACUUACUUAACAUAUUUUAAAUUCUAAAAAUCGACCACAAAAAGGUCGAAAACUUCUUUGUUUUGUCUCAACUCAAUUCAAACUAUGAAUUCAAAGGUUCAGCACAGUAAUAAAUCAGUUAGAAAACAGUAACUACUGUUAUUAAAACGCAACCCAUCUUUAAUAUUCCUUUAGUGUGUGUAGGCUAGUUUUAGUUUCCAAUAUCAGCACCAGUAUUAGUAAGAGGGAAAAAUAACUAAAUCUUAACGAAUGAGCUGUGAGUUUGGCUUUAACUUCACGUGGGUGCCUUCGCGGCAAUUAUACGGAUGAUGUUGGAUUAGAGGACUGUUCGUUCGGUUCGGUUGAGCCUUAUAGAGUUCGAAAACAAAUCGACGAACCGAUGAAAAAGCAUAGUAGGUACCGUUGAUAUAGAAAUUUUACGAAAAAAAAUGUUUACAGAUGUAUUGAAUAGAAAAAUAUUCUAGCGUUAGGUUGAUUCUGACUAAGAAUCCUUCGAUCGUUUUUCCUACGGACAGAAACUGUUCAGAGUUUCUUAGCAAUUAUCAGUAAACUAAACAUGAGAUGGAAUCUGCAAACAGAGCGAGAGAGACAGAGAAAAAAAAAAUUCGUAUGAUAUAACU